AGAGCGAACGCAAACGCGAAUUUCGUCUUGCUAAUCCUCCGUACUAAAACAAUCAAUGAGAAAAGACGAAAAAGACAGUUCUGUACACUGAUCGCAAAAGAAGAAGAUGAGUUUAGCUACUGAAGUAAUUGUACUGUCAAAAUAGUAUUGUGUUGCUUACUCCCAUGGCCCAUAGUAGAUCCACUCAGCGUGUCGAGCAGCGGCGAACUGCCCCACUUCAUGAAUGUUCUUCAAGGAGUAAUCAACGGUUCUGACCUCGGAACUGGGCCGGCGAAGAAGUGCCACUUAUCUCCAGCCGUUUAGCGAACUGUGUGUUUCUUCGUGCGCAGAGACCUCCGCUACGUAGACAUGUUUCCCUACCAGAGUUCUGGGUCUGCCCACGCAGCCCAAUUUCAAGACUAUUGUGCUUGACGAAAACAUUGUAGGACUCGCAGUGAGAGAUGAAGCAGGGCUUCCACCGGCACUGGCAUAGUCCAGACGUGGGUAUCCGUGAUGGUGGACAAGAGGCUACUACUUCGGCAUGCCUGGCGCUAUCCCGUACCUGUCCCAUACCUUACCAUCAAAGACAGCUGGCCACAAUGGCUGGUGAAUGGCUGGUGAAUGGCUGGUGAAUGGCUGGUGAAUGGCUAGUGAAUGGCUGGAGACUGUGGCAUGCGGUUGUGGCAAGAUGAGCGAUAGUGUGCUGUGCAUUACGCACGGGAGAGGGAAGUGCAUCGACCACGCUACCUGCUUUCACGCAGUCGACGUGUUUGAGCCUGGAACGACUCCGAUGUGUCCCGUCUUGAACAAGGAGGCGAGGAUCCCCAAUGGAGGACUGUCCUUCUGGAAGAGAUGGACUCAGGACCCUUCAAACCUUGCCCUGCGCCGAGAACCAACUCCAUCAGGCUCAGCGUGUGUGGGCACUGGCGGUGCAGCCAUCAGUUUACUUUGCAUGUCACCGGAGGAAUACGUCUCGGCCAAGUACUGCAACCUGACCAACGCUGAUAAGCUGGUGACACUUACCGAUUUGACUGAUCUCGGAAACAAGAUGGCGGAGUACUUGACUGUUGCGGAACGAAGGAAACUGGCCAAGCAGCUGGUAAUGGCAGCCGGUGAGUUUGUCCACAACUUUGAGAGCAUCAUGACCACUUACAUCAAGGAGAACCGACACGGCCUAGCGGAUACCGACAAUGUGGCCGGUCAGCUCUUCUACAUCGUCCACAAGAAGGAGAUCAGCUGCAAGGAGCUUCUGUGCAUUUUUGGCAGCGUUCACUCAGGAGGAAGUCGUCGCGAGAGUAGCACAGAUUAUUGAGCGUGCACUGUUCAUUGACGGUUGAGCUCACGAUCCGGUCGUCCCGAGCCGGCAAGGCGUCCGGCAAAACCUGAUGUUCCGCGAAGGUUUGCCGUGUGUGGCCGUGGUGGCCAAUGCCUAUCUGUGCUUGCUCAAAGUAGUGUGCAGGCUGCACUUUGGACAUCGACAAUAGUCACACGGAAUCAUGCCCUGCAUCAGGUUUGUCAUUCAUUUCUUUGUUCUGCAUGUUCUGAUUUGGUUGAUAAUGGAUGCCAAGUGAAUUGAAUGAUCGUUUUUCUAGGUAUUUUUCAUCUUUUUUUGCACCGUCUCCCGCCGCUUUUUGAAAUUAAAAAUUAUUCUCUUGAAAAUUCUUUGCAUAAACUACACAUAAUUGUUAUGCAGCGUAGCACUUUUUAUUUCCUUCAUACAACUUUAGUGGGUUUCCCACACCAGUUUUGCAUAAUUAUUUGUUUGAUUUAUCAUUUCCCCAAGUUUUCCUUUAGAUUUAGCAGUGCUUUAGAAGUAGCAACGUAUCACAACUACAUACAUUGACAAACACACACACACGCACACACGUGCGCGGAUGUGCACACUUGCGCUGACACACACAUGCAUACACGUACAUGCAAAUACUUCCGGCAAGACGCACAGACGCCUCGUCUGUGCAUGCAUAUCAAGGACAGGUUUUCAUCAAACCGCUGUCCAUGCACUGCUUCGCCAGUGUCGCUGCGUCUCCCACAAGCAAUGUGAGUAUUCUUGAACUGGAGUCCGGGCUUGUUCCACUCUUGACAUUUUUCCUUUAUUUGGAGUGUGCCCCCCCCCCUACUUCCUCACCCAGAAGUUGCAAUACGACUUCUGCUUCCUGCGCUCGUAUUUUGCCGUUUUUUCAAGUUUUUCGCCUGCUCCGGCAUUUUGCAGUAUUUUUUAUUAUGUGCAAUUAUUAUAGCAUUCAUUGUAUUCAAGCCGGACCCCGGCACUGCACAACCACAGCAGUCGGUCGGUCUGA